CACAUUUAUAAUUUCCUUUCUCUUUCUUUCCUUUCUAUCUUUUUUUUUUCUUUGGGUUCAGGUUUGGUGUGUUUUGUUUUUUCUUGGGUUUUGGUUGUUGGGUUAUUUUGAGGGAUAAAAAAGGUCAAGGCAUUUAGAGAGAGAGAGAGAGAGAGAUGGGAAGAGGUAGGGUUCAGUUGAAGAGAAUAGAGAACAAGAUCAACCGGCAGGUAACAUUUUCCAAAAGGAGAACUGGAUUGUUGAAGAAAGCUAAUGAAAUCUCAGUCCUGUGUGACGCUGAGGUUGCUUUGAUUGUCUUCUCUCACAAAGGGAAGCUCUUUGAAUACUCCACAGAUGAUUCCAUGGAAAAGAUACUUGAACGCUACGAGAGAUAUUCUUAUGCAGAGAGGCAACUAGUUGCCACUGAUCUUGAUUCACAGGGGAACUGGACCCUGGAGUAUAACAGGCUCAAGGCAAAGGUUGAACUUCUACAGAGAAACCAUAGGAACUAUUUGGGGGAGGAUCUAGACUCCAUGAGUCUCAAAGAGCUACAGAACUUAGAGCAACAGAUUGAUACCGCCCUUAAACACAUUCGGGCGAGAAAAAACCAUCUGAUGAGUCAGUCGAUUUCUGAGCUGCAGAGAAAGGAGAGGGAAAUUCAAGUGCAAAACAACAUGUUAGUGAAGCAGAUCAAGGAGAAGGAGAAGAAGGAUAAAGCGCUGGCACAGCCGGCAUUCUGGGAUCUGCAAAAUCAUGGCCCUAAUGCUUCCUCACUCCUUUUAUCACAGCCGGCAGGCCUGCCACUGCCUUGCUUAAACAUCGGUGGCAGUCACCAGGAAGAAGCUCCUGAUCAAGCGAGGAGGAAUGAGCUUGGCCAUACGCUGGAACCAAUUUAUUCUUUUCACCUUGGAGGUUACGGAGCAUGAAUAUUUGGGUGAAGAAAGAUACUCGAAAGCACUAAUAAUGUAGUUUUGAUAUUAAAAUAUAUAUUAUGUGUGUUGAUGGUAAUAACCAUCGGAAUGUGAAUUCGGAUGUUUCAAGUUAAUUGUUAUUGUUGUUGUUAAAAGUUGUAUCUGAAUCAAUUAAGAAGACUCCUACAGCUAAUUUUCAUAAUAUAUU